GUGUCGAAUGGGCGGAUGUGUGCGUGUUUCUGAGCAGUGAUGAUGAUGAUGAUGAUGUAGUAAGCAGGGAGAGCUGUCAUAUCGGCAGCAUAUAUGGAGUAUCAUCACUAUAAAGUGUUUAAAACUGAAAUGUGUUCUUCGGACGCGGUCUUCAGCUGAUGAUACGAAGAAACGGCGCGAUCGACGAACAAACAGCUUCUGAAUCAGGGGAUGGAGGCGCACAGUUCAGGCCUCGGCAGGAAGAGGAAGAGAGAGGAGAUGAACGGAGAGAUGAAGGAGGCCGAGUGUUUCAGAAAACUUCCUCGGAGGACUCUGGGCCUGACUGCACCUGCACCGUUCGCUGAUGAGCUGGUGGCUGCACAAACCCCAUACGUCCGCGUCAGCAUGGAAGAAGCCCGCCGUGGCACUCCAGAGCACCGUCCGGUCCGCGUCUAUGCUGACGGGAUCUUUGACAUGUUUCAUUCCGGACACGCUCGGGCUUUGAUGCAGGCCAAGUGCCUUUUCCCCAACACACAUCUCAUUGUGGGUGUGUGCAGCGAUGAUUUGACGCAUCAGUUUAAGGGUUUCACCGUCAUGAACGAGGAUGAGCGUUACGACGCAGUGAGUCACUGUCGUUAUGUUGAUGAGGUGGUCCGCAACGCUCCGUGGACACUGACGCCUGGGUUUCUGGCCGAGCACAGAAUAGACUUUGUCGCCCAUGACGACAUCCCAUACAUCUCAGCAGGAAGUGAUGAUGUUUACAGACACAUAAAGGAGGCAGGUAUGUUCGCAUCAACUCAGAGAACCGAGGGCAUCUCCACGUCCGACAUCAUCACACGAAUCGUACGGGACUAUGAUGUUUACGUGCGCCGCAACCUGCAGAGAGGCUACACCGCCAAAGAGCUGAACGUCAGCUUCAUCAACGAGAAGAAGUACCACCUGCAGGAGCACGUGGACAAGGUGAAGCAGAAGGUCCGAGAUGUGGAGGAAAAGAGUAAAGAGUUUGUGCAGAAGGUGGAGGAGAAGGGCAUCGACCUCAUUCAGAAGUGGGAGGAGAAAUCGCGGGAGUUCAUUGGGAACUUCCUGCAGAUGUUCGGCCCGGACGGGGCAUUGAAGCACAUGUUGAAAGAGGGAAGAGGACGGAUGUUACAGGCCAUCAGUCCCAGACAGAGUCCCAGCAGCAGUCCCGUCCGUGAGGAGCGCUCGCCGUCCCCCACUUUCCGUCUUCCCUUCUUCACCUCCUCACCUUUCUUUUCUCCUCCUCCUCCUCCUCAUCAUCAUCACAGUGGCGCUCACUGCACAGGCAGAGAUGAGGACGACUAGCUCGACAUGUCAAACAACACUUCAUGGUCGCCUUUAAGCCAUUCUGAGUAGCCAAGAAUAUAAAUUAGGGAUGGACUAGCUCAAAAUGUAUUUGAAUACAAAAAAUGUGUUGAAAUGCACAAUAGUGACCAAAUUAUUCCACCCGUACUUUUUAAAUGUUUUGAUCCCACGGUUCCCUCUUGCUUCAGAGAGGUUUGUCACACACCACUUAACCAAAAACGCUCGAAUUGUUGUUCUAUUCCUUGGAUCGUAUUCGUCCUGGAACUUGCAUAAUUCUGCAUUCCUCUCAGUUUUUUGUUUCACAACAUGACAUGUGCUUGCACGUAAUCUCAUUCUCAAUUGUGCAUAAAACUCACCCUCACCUGCCUUCAUUGUCCAGAUCUUUUCAUACUUGAACAGUGGCCAGAUUUGAGACUACUUCCAGGAUGGGGGAGGGAUCCCGGGACAGAAAUCUUCAGAAUCAGUCGUCGUUGUAUAGUUCUAGAAUCUUUCUUCUCAUUUUAUGCUGUUUACUGUAUUUCAUCUCAGUUUAUGAUUCAAAGUGAAAGUCUGUUUUUACUUCUAAUCAUUCUUCUUGAACAUUCAUGCGUCUCACUGACCUUUUUUUCUCUCUGCUACAGUUCAUUAGGUUUUUUUCCUCACAUCUCUCUCAGACUCUGGUGUGAAGUAAUAAUUUUGGGGCCUGGCAGUGUCACAUUUAAAUCAUGUGCUAGUCUGAGGCACAGGUCCCAUGUUUACAUUACCUAAGUCUACUGAGGAACAGUGUUAACACGAAAGACUUCCAGGACCUGUUUGUUUACAUGUUUACACAGGACCGGAAGAUGAUUUCAGGAUUAUGUGUUUGCCAGCAGACCAAAGGACAACUUUGACAUUCUUGUGGUCAGAAACAUUGAUUUAAUUUGUUUUCGAUUAUCUUUUGAGAAUCAAAAGGACUGUGAAUAAUAUCAGUGAAUCACUAAACCAUCCUGAAAGAAAAAUAA